AUGAAUGCCCUCACAUGCCCCCAUCUUGGGCCUUGCCUCUGGCUGUGGCUGGGUGCUGCCUUGGGACUUGGCCAGGGACAAGCGAGCAGCCGCCUGAGGCUGGCCGUGCUGCCCGAGGACCGGCUGCAGAUGAAGUGGAGGGAGGUGGAGGGGAGCGGCCUCGGCUACCUGGUGCAGGUGAAGCCCAUGGCAGGCGAUGCAGAGCAGGAAGUGAUUCUGACCACCAAGACCCCCAAGGCGACAGUGGGGGGCUUGAGCCCCUCCAAGGGCUACACCGUGCAGAUCUUCAAGCUCACCGGCUCUGGGAACGCCCUGCUGGCGCAGAGGGAGUUUGUGAUCCAGGACCUGAAGAGUCACGCGGCAAACAGGAGCAGCCGGAAGCCCCUGGAGGCGGCUGCGGAGCCCAUACCCUCCCACGCGGGGAGCCCAGGCCCUGAGCCCCGAGUUGCCUCAUCCCCAAGUCAAGACUCACCCACUCUUGGUGGCGCAGAAUGGGGGCUGCCUGGCAAGGAACAGCACCUAGCCAGGGGCUCAGGGGGCAAGGCCCCUUCCCAGCCCUCCACAGACCCGGAGCAGAAGAGCCAGGCCCAGGGCUCUGCGGGAACGACGGAGACGCCAGCCAACCCCCAGUUCCGCUGCACACCCCCCACACCCGUGGACAUGAUCUUCCUGGUGGACAGGUCCUGGAAUAUUGGCCAUAGUCAUUUCCAGCAGGUCAAAGAUUUCCUGGCCAGCGUCAUUGAGCCCUUUGAGAUCGGGCCAAAUAAAGUCCAAGUCGGCCUGACUCAGUACAGUGGAGACCCCCAGACCGAGUGGGACCUCAGUGCCUUCCGCAGCAAGGACAAGGUGCUGGCAGCCGUCUGCAGCCUCCACUACAAAGGGGGAAACACAUUCACAGGCCUGGCCCUGACUCACGUGCGGGAGCAGAACCUGAAGCCUGGAGCGGGGCCCCGUCUAGAGGCGGCCAAGGUGGUGGUCCUAGCGACGGACGGCAUAUCCCAGGAUGAUGCCCGUGCCGCUGGCCGCGUCCUCAAGGACCUGGGUGUCGCCAUCUUUGCUGUGGGUGUGAAGAACGCAGACGAGGCCGAGCUGCGGCUCCUGGUGUCCCCGCCACUGGACAUCACCGUCCACAGUGUACAGGACUUCCCCCAGCUUGGUACCCUGGCCGGCUUGCUCAGCCGCCUCAUCUGCCAGAAGGUCCAAGGCGGGAGCCGGGGCCCCGCUGUGGCCACCCCGGCCCCGGACACCAUCUUCACUCCCACCAGACUCAUCUUGACCCAGGCGACCCCCUCCAGCGUCCACUUGUCCUGGACCCCAGACCCCCAGCUGCCACUCAUGUAUCUGGUCACGUGGCGGCCUUCCAGGGGUGGCCCCGUGGUGCUGGACGGGCCUACCUCGUCCAUGACGCUUCACAGCCUGACCAUCGGCACCGAGUACUUGGUGUCUGUGUUCCCUGUCAGUGAGGCCAGGGUCGGCGAGGGCCUGCGGGGCCUUGUGACCACAGCGCCUCUGCCUCCGCCCCAGGCACUGACCCUGGCUGCAGUGACGCCCACCACCGUCCGCCUCACCUGGCGGCCAUCGGCCGAGGCCACGCAGUACCUGGUGCAAUGCUCUCCAGCCCCCCCCCCGCGCCACCAGGAGGAGGGCAGAGAGGUGCAGGUGGGGCAGCCAGAGGUGCUGCUGGACAGCCUGGAGCCUGGCACGGACUACGACAUCCGGGUGCAGAGCUUGCAAGGGCCGGAGGCCAGCGAGGCCCGGGGCAUCCGUGCCAGGACCGCCGCCCUGGUGCUGCGCAGACACCUCGGCUUCUUGGAAGUGAGUCACGACUCGGCUCAUGUGUUCUGGGAGGGCGUCCCGAGGCCCGUGCUCCUGUUCAGGGUCGGCUUUGUCUCCAGUGAGGGCAGCCACUCGGGGCAGGUGGAGGCCCCUGGGAAUGCCACCUCAGCCACUCUGGGUCCCCUGUUCUCCUCCACCACCUACUCCGUCUGCAUCACCUGCCUCUACCCCGCGGGCGGCUCCUCCACGCUGACCGGCCGGCUGACCACACGGAAAGUCCCCAGCCCGAGCAAGCUCUCGGCAACAGAGCUCCCCAGAGACGAGGUCCAGCUGGAGUGGGCGGCCGCCUCGGUUGGAGUGCUCGUCCACCAGAUCAAGUGGACGCCCGUGGGAGAUGGGAAGGCCCGAGAGAUCUCUGUCCCAGGGAGCCUGGGCGUGGCGGUCCUGCCUAGCCUCUGAAGCCACUUGGAGUAUGAGAUCACCAUCCUGGCCUACUACAGGGACGGGACCCACAGUGACCCGGUGUCCCUCCGCUACACCUCCUCACGCCGGAGCCCGCCCUCCAACCUGGCCUUGGCUUCCAAGUCACCCAGCAGCCUGCGAGUCACCUGGACGCCCCCGAGCGGCCACGUCCUCCACUACCAGCUCACCUACGUGCUGGCCUCAGGCUCAGGACCAGAGAAGUCGAUCUCUGUCCCAGGACCCAGCAACCAUGUGACGCUCCCCAGCCUGCUGGCAGCCACCAAAUAUAGGGUCCAGAUCUCAGCGGUCUACGGAGCAGGGGAGAGCGCACCCAUGUCUGCCACAGGCCGGAUGACCUGCCCCACCCUCAGCCCCGAUGGCGCCCACCCAGGCUUCAACCUCAUGGUGGCCUUCGAGCUGGUGGAGCAGGAGCACGUGUCCCUCCGAGGCGUUGCCAUGGAGUGUGCGGCGUUCGGCUGCGCCUGGACCUUCACGCUCUUCAAGGACGCUCAGCUGACCCGCCGGGCCAGCGGCCCCCAGCUGGCUGCGCUCCCGCCGGAGCACACGGUGGUCUUCGUGCUGCGCGUGCUGCCCGAGACUCCCCGUGAGGCCUUCGCUUUAUGGCAGAUGAUAGCUGAGAACCUGCAGCCCAUCCUGGGGGUCCUGCUGGAUGCUGGUAGGAAGUCUCUGACCUACUUCAACCACGACCCCAGGGCCACCCUGCAAGAGGUGACCUUUGACCUGCCCGAAGUGAGGAAGAUUUUCUUUGGAAGCUUCCACAAGGUGCACGUGGCCGUGGGCCGCUCCAAGGUCAGGCUCUAUGUGGACUGCCAGAAGGUGGCUGAGAGGCCGAUUGGGGAGGCGGGCAGCCCACCUGCCACGGGCUUCGUGAUGCUGGGGAGGUUGGCCAAGGCCCGGGACCCCCGGAGCAGCUCGGCCACAUUCCAGCUCCAGCUGCUGCACAUCGUGUGCAGUGACUCCUGGGCAGAGGAGGACGUGUGCUGCGAGCUCCCUGCGGCGAAGGAUGGAGAGACCUGCCUUGCCUUCUCUUCUGCCUGCACCUGUUCCUCGCAGACCCCUAGGCCCCCAGGGCCCCAAGGACCUCCAGGCCUCCCUGGAAGGAACGGAGCCCCAGGAGAGCAGGGCUUCCCAGGGCCCAGGGGCCCGCCAGGGGUCAAAGGAGAGAAAGGGGACCAUGGGCUCCCAGGCUUGAAGGGCCAUCCUGGUCACCAGGGCACCCCAGGGAAGGUCGGCCUCCAGGGACCAAAGGGAAUGCGAGGCCUUGAGGGGAGCACCGGCCUGCCUGGACCUCCAGGCCCCAGGGGCUUCCAGGGCACGGUCGGGGCCGGGGGCACCAGUGGGGAGAGAGGACCCCCAGGGGCCAUGGGGCUCACGGGCCUACCAGGACCCAAAGGGGAGCAAGGAGAGAAGGGCGAGCCACAGUCCCUGGCCACCAUCUACCAGCUCCUGGGCCAGGCCUGCAAGUCUGCCAUCCAAGCUCAUGUACUGAAGUUCCACUCCUUCCUCCGUGAGAGCGCCAGGCCCCCCGGGCCCCCCAGCACACUCGGUGAGGCCCAGCACCCUGGAGAAGCGGGAGACGACGGCCUGCGCCCUGAGAACAGAGGAUGGCCCCCAUGCUGCCCACAGUGA